AUGCCGCGCAAGACUUCGCCGGGGAAGAAAAUCUCGGGGUUCGCUUCAGCACAAGGCAGCCGGCCCCCCGGCGGUGGCCGGCUUUUGUUACGCCUUCCACCUGGCACCGCCGCGCGCCCGCCCCUCUGCCUCUCCGCCCCGCGCGCCGUCCGCCGCUACAUUCAGGACCCCGCGCGCCGCCACAUACCCUGCGCGGCUCCCUCCAAAGGUUCUUUGGACCACGUCGGGGGACGAGGGAGGGCCCGUUUUCACGGUGGUAUUAUGUCACGGCAUUUCACGCGUCUUUCUCGGUUGGGCCGCUAG